UUUAGUCUUUCAGACAAAAAUUCAAACACUCGGCGAGCCGGAAGGAGGAGAAAAAAAUGCAGCAGAAUUCGGUCUCCAUGUGCGAGCUCUCACAGUUCCGCGCUUCCUCCCUUCUUCUCACCAGACCUUUCCCGGCAAUGGGGAGAAUCCUAUCCGUUGCUCUCCCACAGUCUCCGCUGCUUCUGCGGCUGCCGGAGGUCAACUUCAAUGGACGACUCACAAGCGGCAGCUGCACUUCGUCGAGGUCUAUUUCUCUGGCCGACGGGAGCUCUCGCUUCGGUUCCCACAAAUGCGCCGCCUCCACUUAUCAACCGAUUGUUGAUCAAUCAGAAAAAUUUCAUGAAGCUGCAAAGAAAGGGAAUCUAAUUCCUUUACACCAAUGCCUACUAUGUGAUCAUCUCACGCCAGUGCUUGCUUACAGAUGCCUUGUAAGGGAAGAUGAAAGAGACGCACCAAGCUUCUUGUUUGAGUCGGUUCAACCUGGUCUCGAUGCUUCCACCGUUGGAAGGUAUAGCAUCAUUGGGGCUCAACCAACCAUAGAGAUUGUGGCAAAGGAGGACAUGGUUACAACCAUGUACCAUCAUGAGAACCGUAGGGAGGAGCAGAUAGUGGAAGACCCAAUGGAUGUUCCUCGAAGAAUAAUGGAGGGAUGGACGCCUCAACUUGUUGAUGAGCUACCAGAAUGCUUCUGUGGUGGGUGGGUUGGUUUCUUUUCUUAUGACACUGUACGGUAUGUUGAGAAGAAAAAGAUGCCUUUCUCUGCUGCUCCGACUGAUGAUAGAAAUCUCCCUGAUAUGCAUCUCGGUCUUUAUGAUAAUGUUAUUGUCUUUGAUCAUGUCGAUAAGAAAUCACACCUGAUUCACUGGGUUCAGUUGGAUCGGUAUUCUUCCACUGAGGAGGCCUAUAAUGAUGGUAUUGAUCGGUUGAUGAACUUAAUCUCUAGAGUUCAUGAUAUAGCACCUCCAAGGCUAUCUGCUGCUUCAAUCAUGUUGUCACCUAGUCUUUUUGGCCCUAAACUGGACGUCUCAAGCAUGACAAAUGAAGACUAUAAGGAGGCAGUAUUGACAGCGAAAGAACAUAUACUAGCUGGUGAUAUUUUCCAGAUUGUAUUGAGUCAGCGCUUUGAGAGACGAACAUAUGCAGACCCAUUUGAGAUCUACAGAUGUCUGAGAGUCGUGAAUCCAAGCCCGUAUAUGACUUACCUACAAGCUAGAGGCUGUAUACUGGUUGCUUCCAGCCCAGAAAUUCUGACACACGUCAAGAAGAACAAAAUCACGAAUCGACCCCUUGCUGGGACUGUUAGAAGAGGAAAAACACCGGAGGAAGAUCUAGUGUUGGAAAAUGAGCUGUUGAACGAUGAAAAGCAAUGCGCAGAACACAUUAUGCUUGUUGACUUGGGAAGGAAUGAUGUGGGAAAGGUCUCCAAACCGGGAUCAGUGAAAGUUGAAAAGCUUAUGAAUAUUGAGCGCUACUCCCAUGUUAUGCACAUCAGCUCAACGGUCACAGGAGAGAUACUCGACGACUUAACCAGCUGGGACGUCUUGCGUGCUGCACUUCCCGUCGGCACAGUUAGUGGAGCUCCUAAGGUGAAAGCAAUGGAGCUGAUCGACGAGCUAGAAGUAACUCGGCGUGGGCCAUACAGCGGCGGAUUCGGCGGCAUUUCAUUCAACGGGGAUAUGGACAUUGCCCUUGCUCUGAGAACCAUCGUCUUCCCCACGAGCACCCGGUACGACACGAUGUACUCGUACGCCGAUGUCAGCAAACGACGAGAGUGGGUUGCUCACAUCCAGGCUGGAGCCGGGAUUGUGGCCGAUAGUAACCCCGACGACGAGCAGAGAGAGUGCGAGAACAAAGCUGCUGGUCUCGCUCGCGCCAUCGAUCUGGCUGAAUCGUCGUUCAUGAACAAGUAAAACCUUAUAUCCGUUGGUUUUUGUCUUCAGCAGUAAUCUUCUUGUGUUGGUAAAAAGCUUUGCUUUAGCUUCUGCAAUAUGUAGAACCGUAGAAAUAGGAUUAUUUUUCAAUUGCAAGUGGAAUGGAGGGAAAUGGUGUUAAGCAAUUAAUUGGGCUUGGUCCAGGGAUAGUGGACUACUGAUCCAAGUCCAUCUAUUGACUUUGGCCGGCCCAUGAAGCCAUUUUGCAUUGAGCCUAAGCUCCUAGGUAAAUGAUCAAGUAUGACCUAUGAUUAGGUAGUUGAUGAGAUGUUAGUUAGGUUACGAGUCCAACAAAGUGGGACUGAGAAAAGGAGAAUGGAACCAAAGAAUCGUAACUUCUUUAGUGUUACCCUGAAUAAUCUACUUUUCAUUCAAGUGGGGAUUCGUCUUUGGUAUGGUUGGAUGAGCUCAUCAAUACCCACUAGUCUACUCCUAUUAGGGUUGUCGUACUGGAUCAAACCGACCGCUUGUACUGAAUCAUAUCGAACCAUAUAUAAUGUGUAGUUCUUGGUCCCAUUAAUUUAUAAAUAUUGAAGAAAAAAUUGUCGAAUUGACAUUUGGAUCGAACCAAACCUGAUCCAACCUGAAUGCAAUGUCGGUGUGCUCUUUGGUUCUAAGAUGUCUUUCACUGUUGCACCGUAAUUCUUAUGAGUUUUGGUUUAGUACGGAUUAUGUUGUUGCACACUCCUAACCCCCAUUAUGACCAAGGGGUGGCCAAGUCUUUGCACUGAACCAAAUUAACAAGUGCAUAGGAUCUUAUCUUUUUGCUUCUUUUGUUCUUGAUGAGCAACCCAUUAAAUUUGAAAUCAAAAUCGUCUUUAAAUUUCAAGAGCCGAAACCUAAUCGAAAUCGAUCAUAUGCAUUGACCAAAUCUUUUGCCCACAUAUGUUCUUCCUGAAAACAAGACCCAAAAAUAUCUAGCUAAUAUCUACAGUAUGCUAGCUAUCACAGAGGCUAGUACUAGAACAGCCAAAGAACACGUUGGUUGUAUUAGGUGAGCCAAGUUUUUUGGUACAUUAGGUGCUUGUCUGCCUCCUCCAUUUGUGCUCUGCCACUUUCCUUUGAACAACCCCAACAAAAAAAGACACUGCUUUAACGAAGACAAGUUUGGCCAGAAGUGCCCAUAAAAACACUGUUCCCAGACCUCAACAUAUAUUUACUUUUGACCUUCAGAAGUCUGCUGAAAGAUCAUCCAUGGCCUUAUUGCACAUGAGGAAGCAGGUGAAUCUAGGCCAAGAUCAGAGGGCCCUAAAAUCGGAAUGCCAUAAAGGCCAGAGUUGGGUGUUUAUUAUAGGAAGUAAGAGGGAGUGUUGCUUGCCAAUGUGAAUCAAUCGAACACUAGUCGUUGAAUCGACAAUAGCUGAUAUUUCGUAUUACGCCUAACUGGAAGAAUAAACAAACGAGUUGCUCAAGUGGUAACUAAAUUCAUUUUCAUGAUAAAUAUCGAAACUUUGACGAUAAGUUAAGUUUGAGCCAGCCAAACCACUUUAUCACACCUUUUUCGUUGUCAAAAGUGUUCAAUGUGACACCAUUUUAUCUCAAUGACUCAUGUUCAUGCUUAAAAUAAUGGAUGUGUUCACCUCUUCGCCAUAUAAUAAGAAUGAUAUCACACACACACAUAUAAGGGUGUACUAGUCUUCCUAAAAAAUUAUUAUGUUCCGUUUUGAUUUUUUUUCCUCCCCUGCUUAAAGUUCGCUCUUAAUAUAAAACUAUAUACUAUAACGUGCAUGAAUUAAAUACACAUCACAUAUAUAACUUUGAAAUCCCGAUACUAAAUUCGCCUUUUUCCUUAUUAAAUGAAACGCAACAACUUAG